UAUUUUCAGAAAAACUCAUUCAAAGGGAUUAAAUGAACUUAGAGUGGUGAUUUUAGUGAUAAUAAUUCUGUAAACACAUACUCGUUACGGUCACGAAUUAUAUUUUGUUAAACAUACAACCUGACCCUGACCUGCAAAUUCCAAAAAAACGUAAGAAAAUUUGAAUUUCGCGGGCCACCCUGGCGCAUUCACCUUAAAUGAGAUAUCAAUGUACGCAGUAUAGUGUUUUUUAACUCCCGACGAAAACAGAGCGGUGUUAUAAGUUUGUUGUGUAUCUGUCUGUCGCAUCAUAGCUCCUGAACGGAUGAACCGAUUUUUAUUAGGUUUUUUUUUUCGUUUCAAAGGUGUCUUAAUCGAGUGUCUUUAGCUAUGUUUCGAAAAAACUGGUCAGCAGUUUGAAUAUCAUCAGCUCUUUGUUUCGGCGGUUUUUAAAAUUUUUAAUUUAAGUUAUCUCAUUACUCAUCAUUACAGGCCUUCACAAGUCCACUGCUAGACAUAGGUCUCCUCCAAGAAAUGCCACAAAGCACGGUCCUGAGCCACCUGCAUCCAUCGACUUCUGGCAUGUCUUAAUGGGUCGUAAAUCCAUCUAGUGGGGGACCGCCUUACACUUCGCUCCCGGUACAAGGCUGCCACUUGAGAACCUUUUUCCCCAUCGGUUGUCGGUUCUUCGUGCUAUAUGGUCGUCCCUUUGCCAUUUCAGCUUACUAAUCCGUUGGGCUAUGUCGGUUACUCUGGUUCUACUGCGGAUAUCCUCAUUUCUAAGUUUAUCACGCAGAGUCACCUCGAGCAUAGCCCUCUCCAUAGCUCGCUGAGCGACCUUGAGCUUCCUCAUACGGCCAGCAGUGAAGGACCACGUCUCAGUUCCAUAAGUCAUCACUGGCAGCACGCACUGGUUGUACAGUCUCGUUUUCAAGUAUUGAUGUAUACCUGACAAGAAGAUGUGUCGUAAUUUACCGAACGCUGCCCAGCCGAUUUGAAUCCGUCGAAUGACCUCUUGGUCGAAGUUGGACUUACCUAGUCGGACUAUUUGUCCCAGGUAAACUCGUAGUAGGUACUCGUCAACAACUUUGAGCUUAGUGCUCCCAACAAAUACUGGCAUAGGUGUGACAUGGACGUUAUACAUGAUCUUUGUUUUGUCCAUGUUCAUCUUAAGACCUAUCCGUUGGGAGGCACUAUUGAGGUCAUUGAGCAUAGUGCUUAGGUUCUCCAGCGAUUCUGCCAUAAGGACUAUAUCGUCGGCAAAUCGAAGGUGAGUGAUGUACUCGCCAUUGGUGUUAAUAACGUAUCCUUUCCAGUCCAGUAGCUUAAAAACGUCUUCUAAAGCAGCGCUGAAGAGUUUCGGGGAUAUAACGUCACCCUGUGUUACACCUCUGCAGUUGGAUAGGUUUCCUGCUCUGGUUCUGUACUCGGAUAGCCGUGGUAGCCCUACUGCACAAACACUUCAGCACAUCGAUAUAGCGGCAGUCAAGUUGGCACCGCUGAAGGGACUGCAGCACCGCCCAAAUUUCGACGGAAUCAAAGGCUUUCUCAUAAUCCACACACGCCAGACAUAGUGGCAAAUUGUAUUCCUCGAACUUCUGUACAAUUUGCCGAAGGGGUAUGUAUGUGGUCUAUGGUGCUAAAGCCUUUUUGCGAACCAGCUUGUUCGGGAGGCUGGAAGUCGUCGAGUCUGCGUGCGAGACGAUUCGUAAUGACUCGAAAACAGCACGUAGACGUUGCUCAGAAGGGAAAUCGAUCAGUAGUUUUUCAAGAGAGCAUUGUCGCCUUUCUUGAAGAACUCUGGAAUAGUGCCACCACGGAGGACGGAAUUAAAGAGCUUCUGAAGGACUUCAAGUACCCGUUUUCCACCCGCUUUCAGAAGCUCCGCUGUAAUUCCAUCCUCAUCCGGGGACUUCCCGGUUUUUAAGGUCCUGGAAAGCCAUUUUAAUCUCGCUCCGACUGACGUCCGGGAUAUCAUCGGACUAGUGUCGGAUAAGACUUGCUCUUGGAUCGUUACUCACACAUGCGUGAUGUGUACAGCUGACAAUAGAACCUCUCAAUCUCUCCCAUAAUCUCAGGUAUCACGGAUACGUUGCUGCCACAUUCGGUCUUCAGCUUCGAUAGUUGGCUCUUUCUGACAGACAGAUCUCUGGCAAAGACUUUGGAGCCCUGGUUCCGAUCGAUCGCUUCUUCAAUACGAGCAGUAUUAAAGUUGCGUAAGUCCCGCCGCAUGCAUUUGGAGAUCUGUCUGUUCAAUUGCCUGUAUGCUGUCAAAUCUACUGUAGACUGCAGCUUCAUAUCCCGUCUAACAGCCAAGAGAUUAAGAGUGUGAUCGGAGAGUUUUGUGUUCUUCUGCAGCGUGUCUUGCAAAACUUAGCUCCGACCGCAUGGACAGUUUCCACGAGCUUGUCAUCAUAUGUUAUCUAACGAACGUUAAAUAAUUCAGGAAUUCAGGUAUGCAAUUGUGAAACUCUGAUGGGAAUCGUAACCGAUGGAAAACACUCGGCAACUACUUUAUGGUUUUUCUUUGUGAUAUGAUGUGAAUGAAAUUCUUCCAUCUAUCCAUCCGUCACAACUUAUCAAUCUGAACAUUCGCCAUCUCUUAGUGACAGAAUGUCUACCACAUAUAAAUGAGAUAUAUAAUACUAAAAAGACAUCGACUUAUAAUCAAUACGGUUAGAUUUAUUAUAAUUGAACGAAAUCAAACGUCAACGAAGUCAACUACGAUUCUCACUAAAAUUAUACAUCGCGCAGAGGUGCUGACUUAUCACUUUUUAAUCCGUCUCCAUACGGAGUUGUGUUGUUAUAAGUUUAGAUCAAUGGCUCGGUGGCGCAGUGGGUGACCGUUAGCCUACGGCGCUGUGAGCCGCGAGUUCGAAUCCCGCGGGAACACAGUAUUUGUAAGCUACGAAGUAUAUAACUGUACUAAAGGAAGAUAAGAACAAUCAAAGUUGAUAAACGAGCUUAAUUUGCAUGUAAUUGAUUUUAAGGCUAACCCAAACAAACAUGAAGAAAACAGUCAGCCGGCUUGGAGGCUGGCACGAGACAAACCGGAAUUAUACGAAAUUAUAAAAAAGCAUCUGGCACCAUACACGCUAUGUGAAGACGAAAUUAAAUCAGAACCCGAAGACGAAUACGAAUCGGCGGAUGACGGUGAGGCUUCUGGAAUCGGUCUGCCGGAGCUUGAUUUGUACGUGGAGGAUUUGUCAAGAGUGCUAGAUGCGACGGGUGCGUGGCGCGAACUAGCAGUGCGACUGCACUGCGACUCGCUGCUUUCCUGGUACUCUUCCUCGAGCAGCCCCACGCGCAUUUUGUUGACGCACCUCAAGGAGUAUGAUGAUGACAUUACUUCAAAAUCUUUAGCACUAAUUCUUGAAGACAUAGGCCAAAAAGACGCUGCAAAUAUUAUCAGGCGACAUAUAAGUUAAAAUCAUUUUGCUAUUAGGAAGUUUCACUUUAUAUUAGUUAUACUUUAAAAAAUUAUAAAUACUUUUUUAGCAUUGCAAAUUUUUACUUUAUGUAAUGUUCUAUAAAAAAAGCUGUCAAAAUUAUUUGCUCGAUUUUUAUAAAUAAUGCUCUUAAAUUUGAUCUCAUGGUGAUUUUUUACUGAUACGUUGACAGUUUAAUUUGAAAAUUAAAAAAAAUGUUGUAGUGCGUCAACAAUAUCUCGGUUAUACAUUUCCAUUAAUGAGUAUAAUAUAAUGAAUUUUAAUGUAUUAAUAUUUACUUUAAUUUAGGUUUGACAAGACCGAGGAUAUUGUUAAUUCUAAAUGUGAAUGUGUUGCAUUUAAAACUCUCACAUAGUUAAUAAUGUUUUUUGUUGUUCAUUGACUUGCAUCUGUACACUAUGCGGGUGGUACAUUUUCAUUCAUUCAUUACAAUUUAAUAAAUACCAAUGCUGAAUAUAGGGCCCCCAUUGAUUACCUCAUAAGGAGGAUAUUUGCCAUAGUUGCCACGCAUUAUUUCUUUGUUGUUAUUAAGAAUACUCUGUUCUCCUCCUGGUACGUUUCCCUCUAACCGUUAGAUAAUAAAAAAAUGGCGCAAUGGGCUUUCUAGUCUAACGUGUCUUACGCGACACCUAAUUGAUGAUAUGGAGUAGUGGAUAUUCUUAUACCGCCCCCACUACACUGUCUGAUGGAAUCAUAGAACAUAAUAAACCUAGCAAGCUAACAGCAUAGCAAAGUGGCGAAGCAAUCAGCUUUGUAGCGGUUUCUAACGGUUGCCGUUGAGCAAUCAGUUUCAAAAUAGGAGGUUCAGAUGCCUGGGUGAUCAGUAAUCGAUUGCUGAAAACAGAAUUUGAAAAUUCAAAACCGUUCUCGAGAUAAUCGUGGGACAGACGGACAGACAUCGUGAAAUCAAUAAGUGACUUCGCAAGCUUCGCCACUUAAUAAAUAUUUAAAAUUAAUAAUUUUGUACAGCCGACUUCAAUAUAAGUUAUUAAGAAUAACUCAAAACUAUUGGUCUGACCUUGAUCAAAUUUUUAGCAUUCAAAUAAAAAAAAGAAUCUUCGAAAUCGGAUCAUCCAGUAAAAAGUUAUGAGGCAACACACAUAAAAAAACAUACAGUCGAAUUGAGUACCGUCUUUUGGAAGUUGGCAGAUAAACCAAACGUAGUGAAAGAACUUUAUUUGCACUGGACUUUUAGGUUUAAAUGUAAUACGUAAUAUGAUUUUGUUUAAGUUUGUGGUUAUUAAAAAUUAAUCAAUAAUGUAUUAAAAUAUGAAUAUAUUUUCUGUUGAACUGUAUUUGGGGUGGAAAGGCGGAACAACAAUCAAAAAGUGAAUUCCGACUAUCCACCCCGUCUAUGACAGCUCCGUGCCGUAGUGAUUUUUUUUCCACAGAACAGAUUCUUGUUCCGGGGCUGGACGUUUGUCCUCGUGCAAUUUAUGUUUGUAAACUGCCUCCACGAUACAGUAG